CGGGCGGGGGGACAUGGCGGCCCACAAGCCGGUGGAGUGGGUGCAGGCCGUGGUGAACCGCUUCGACGAGCAGCUUCCCAUAAAGGCCAGCCAGCAGAAUACCCACACCAAAGUCAGCACAGAGCACAACAAGGAGUGUCUCAUCAACAUUUCCAAGUACAAGUUCUCUCUGGUCAUCAGUGGUCUCACUAAUAUCUUAAAAAAUGUUAAUAACAUGAGAAUAUUUGGAGAAACUGCUGAAAAGAACUUAUAUCUAUCUCAACUGAUUAUCUUGGAUACACUGGAAAAAUGUCUAGCAGGGCAACCGAAGGACACGAUGCGACUGGACGAGACUAUGCUGGUAAAACAGUUGCUGCCAGAAAUCUGCCACUUCAUCCACACUUACCGUGAAGGGAACCAGCAUGCAGCUGAACUGCGCAAUUCUGCCUCUGGGGUUCUUUUUUCUCUUAGCUGCAAUAACUUCAAUGCUGUGUUCAGCCGCAUUUCCACCAGAUUGCAGGAGCUGACUGUUUGUUCAGAAGAUAAUGCUGAUGUUCACGACAUUGAGCUUCUACAGUACAUCAGUGUGGAUUGUUCCAAGCUAAAACGACUCUUGCAAGAGACUGUAUUCAAGUUUAAAGCCCUUAAGAAAGUAGCUCAGUUAGCUGUUAUCAACAGUCUUGAAAAGGCAUUUUGGAACUGGGUGGAAAACUAUCCUGAUGAAUUCACAAAGCUGUAUCAGACUCCACAGACUGAUAUGGCCGAUUGUGCAGAGAAGUUGUUUGACUUAGUGGAUGGCUUUGCAGAGAGCACAAAACGUAAAGCAGCAGUGUGGCCACUACAAAUCAUACUCCUGGUCCUGUGUCCAGAGAUAAUUCAAGAUAUAGCAAAGGAUGUGGUAGAGGAAACUAAGAUGAACAAGAAACUGUUCCUGGACAAUCUCAGGAAAGCACUUGCAGGCCACAGUGGGAGCAGACAGCUGACUGAAAGUGCUGCUAUUGCUUGUGUUAAACUGUGCAAAGCAUCUACCUAUAUCAACUGGGAGGAUAAUUCUGUCAUUUUCCUACUAGUGCAGUCCAUGGUAGUAGAUCUUAAGAAUUUGCUGUUUAAUCCGAGCAAACCUUUUUCAAGAAGCAAUCAGAAUGCAGAUGUAGACCUUAUGAUUGACUGCUUAGUUUCAUGCUUCCGCAUAAACCCGCAUAAUAACCAACACUUUAAGAUCUGCUUGGCACAGAGUUCCCCAUCAACAUUUCAUUAUGUACUAGUAAAUUCACUCCACCGAAUAAUCACAAAUUCUGCAUUGGACUGGUGGCCCAGGAUCGAUGCUGUGUACUGCCAUUCCGUGGAGCUUCGCAGCAUGUUUAGUGAGACACUUCACAAAGCUAUUCAGGGCUGUGGGGCACAUCCAGCAAUUCGCAUGACUCCGAGUCUUACGUUUAAAGAGAAAAUGACAAGCCUUAAAUUUAAAGAAAAGCCUACUGACUUGGAAACCAAAAGCUACAAGUUCCUGCUCUUAUCCUUGGUAAAACUGAUCCAUGCUGAUCCAAAGCUUUUGCUGUGUAAUCCAAGGAAGCAAGGGCCUGAGACACAAGGCAGCACUGCUGAAUUAAUUACAGGCCUUGUACAACUCGUUCCACAGUCCAGUAUGCCAGAUAUAGCACAAGAAGCCAUGGAGGCCUUGCUAGUUCUUCACCAGUUAGACAGCAUUGACUUAUGGAAUCCUGAUGCACCUAUAGAAACAUUCUGGGAAAUUAGUUCACAAAUGCUUUUUUAUAUCUGCAAGAAAUUAACCAGUCAUCAGAUGCUCAGCAGUACAGAAAUCCUCAAGUGGCUGCGAGAGAUUCUCAUCUGUAGGAAUAAAUUUCUUCUAAAAAAUAAACAAUCAGACAGAACUUCCUGUCACUUCCUCUUCCUGUAUGAUGUCUCUGGAGGUGGAACCAGUCAGAUGUCUCUUGACCAUGAAGAGAUGAUGCGCUGUGCUCCUGGAGCCACCCUCAGGAAAGGGAAAGGAAAUUCUUCCAUGGAAAGUACAGCAGGAUGCAGUGGAACACCUAUUUGUCGCCAGGCCCAAACAAAAUUGGAAGUCGCCUUAUACAUGUUUUUGUGGAGUCCGGAUAUUGAGGCAGUCCUUGUUGCAAUGUCCUGUUUCCGUCACCUCUGUGAGGAAGCAGAUAUCAGAUGUGGAGUAGAUGAAGUUUCAGUUCAUAAUUUUUUGCCAAACUACAACACUUUCAUGGAGUUUGCAUCUGUUAGCAAUAUGAUGUCAACAGGGAGAGCAGCUCUUCAGAAAAGAGUGAUGGCUUUAUUAAGACGUAUUGAACAUCCAACUGCAGGGAACACAGAGGCUUGGGAGGAUACACAUGCAAAAUGGGAACAAGCUACAAAACUAAUCCUUAACUAUCCGAAGACCAAAAUGGAAGAUGGGCAGGUUACUGAGAGUCUUCAUAAGACAAUUGUGAAGAGGCGAAUGUCGCAUGUUAGUGGGGGAGGCUCCAUAGACUUGUCUGACACAGAUUCUCUUCAGGAAUGGAUCAACAUGACGGGAUUCCUCUGUGCCCUCGGAGGAGUGUGCCUGCAGCAUCGUAGCAAUGCAGGAUUAGCAACCUACAGUCCACCCAUGGGCCCAGUCAAUGAGCGUAAGGGCUCCAUGAUAUCUAUGGUAUCCACUGAGGGAAAUGCAGAGACUCCCGUUAGCAAAUUCAUAGAUCGAUUAUUGACUCUGAUGGUCUGUAACCAUGAGAAGGUGGGACUGCAAAUACGGACUAAUAUUAAAGAUCUGGUGGGUUUGGAGUUGAGUCCAGCACUUUAUCCAAUGCUAUUUAACAAAUUGAAGAAUACCAUCAGCAAGUUUUUUGAUUCUCAAGGACAGGUUUUGUUAACUGAGACCAACACACAAUUUGUAGAACAAACCAUUGCUAUAAUGAAGAACUUGCUUGACAAUCAUACAGAAGGGAGCUCAGAACAUCUUGGACAAGCUAGUAUUGAGACAAUGAUGCUAAACCUGGUUAGGUAUGUGCGUGUGCUUGGGAACUUGGUACAUGCGAUUCAAAUAAAAACCAAGCUCUGUCAGUUGGUGGAAGUAAUGAUGGAGCGGAGAGAUGACCUUUCAUUCUGCCAAGAAAUGAAAUUCAGGAACAAAAUGGUGGAGUAUUUGACAGACUGGGUUAUGGGAACAUCUAAUCAAGCAACAGAUGAAGAUGUGAAGUGUUUGACAAGAGAUUUGGACCAAGCAAGUAUGGAAGCAGUGGUCUCUCUUCUCGCUGGGCUUCCAUUACAGCCUGAAGAAGGAGAUGGUGUUGAGUUGAUGGAAGCCAAAUCUCAGUUAUUUCUUAAGUAUUUCACACUGUUUAUGAACCUUCUGAAUGACUGUAGUGAAGUUGAAGAUGAAAGUGCUCAAACAGGUGGCAGGAAACGUGGGAUGUCCCGAAGACUGGCUUCGCUCCGGCACUGCACUGUUCUUGCCAUGUCAAACUUACUCAAUGCAAAUGUGGACAGUGGCCUUAUGCAUUCAAUAGGCUUGGGCUAUCAUAAAGACCUCCAGACAAGAGCUACGUUUAUGGAAGUCCUCACCAAAAUUCUACAGCAGGGAACAGAAUUUGAUACGUUAGCAGAAACAGUGCUGGCAGAUCGGUUUGAGAGGCUGGUGGAGUUGGUUACAAUGAUGGGUGAUCAGGGAGAGCUUCCUAUUGCUAUGGCUUUAGCAAAUGUGGUGCCUUGUUCUCAGUGGGAUGAGCUAGCUCGUGUUCUGGUCACACUCUUUGAUUCCCGGCACUUGCUCUACCAGCUACUUUGGAACAUGUUUUCAAAGGAGGUUGAGCUUGCAGAUUCCAUGCAGACACUCUUCCGAGGAAACAGCUUAGCUAGUAAAAUAAUGACUUUUUGUUUUAAGGUAUAUGGUGCUACUUAUUUGCAGAAGCUUUUGGAACCUUUAUUAAGAACAGUGAUCACAUCCUCUGAAUGGCAGCAUGUCAGCUUUGAGGUGGAUCCUACCAGGCUGGAGCCUACAGAAAGCCUUGAAGAGAACCAGCGGAGUCUCUUGCAAAUGACAGAAAAAUUUUUUCAUGCAAUCAUUAAUUCUUCUUCGGAAUUCCCUCCACAACUUCGCAGUGUGUGCCAUUGUUUGUACCAGGCAACUUGCCACUCUCUACUGAAUAAAGCUACCGUAAAAGAAAAAAAGGAAAACAAAAAAUCAGUUGUUAGUCAGCGAUUUCCUCAGAACAGCAUUGGGGCGGUUGGAAGCGCCAUGUUCCUGCGGUUCAUCAACCCUGCCAUCGUCUCCCCGUACGAGGCAGGGAUUUUAGAUAAAAAGCCUCCGCCCAGAAUUGAGAGGGGACUGAAACUGAUGUCAAAGAUACUUCAGAGUAUUGCCAACCAUGUCCUGUUUACAAAAGAAGAACAUAUGAGGCCUUUUAACGACUUUGUAAAAAGCAAUUUUGAUGCAGCUCGAAGGUUUUUCCUUGAUAUUGCGUCCGAUUGCCCAGCGAGUGACACCGUCAAUCACAGCCUGUCCUUCAUCAGCGAUGGCAAUGUUCUUGCUUUGCACCGGUUGUUGUGGAACAAUCAGGAGAAAAUUGGCCAGUACCUUUCCAGUAAUAGGGACCACAAAGCUGUUGGAAGACGACCUUUUGACAAAAUGGCUACUCUUCUUGCCUAUCUGGGUCCACCUGAGCACAAACCUGUGGCAGAUACACAUUGGUCCAGUUUAAAUCUCACCAGUUCAAAAUUUGAAGAAUUUAUGACAAGGCAUCAGGUGCAUGAAAAAGAAGAGUUCAAAGCAUUGAAAACGUUAAAUAUUUUCUACCAGGCUGGGACAUCUAAAGCUGGCAAUCCUGUUUUCUACUACAUUGCUCGGCGUUUCAAGACUGGCCAGAUCAAUGGAGAUUUACUGAUAUACCACGUCCUGCUAACUCUGAAGCCAUACUACGCAAAGCCAUAUGAAAUUGUGGUGGACCUCACACAUGCUGGCCCCAGUAAUCGCUUUAAAACUGACUUUCUUUCUAAAUGGUUUGUAGUUUUUCCAGGCUUUGCUUAUGAAAAUGUCUCAGCAGUUUUUAUUUAUAACUGUAAUUCUUGGGUCAGAGAAUACACCAAAUACCACGAAAGACUCUUGACAGGUUUGAAAGGAAGCAAAAGGCUGAUUUUCAUAGACUCUCCAGGAAAGCUGGCGGAGCACAUUGAACAUGACCAGCAGAAACUUCCAGCAGCUACUUUAGCUUUGGAAGAGGACUUGAAAGUAUUUCACAAUGCCCUCAAGUUGGCUCACAAAGACACCAAAGUGUCUAUUAAAGUUGGAUCAACAGCUGUGCAGGUGACAUCAGCAGAACGAACGAGAGUCCUGGGACAGACAGUGUUUUUAAAUGACAUAUACUACGCCUCUGAGAUUGAGGAAAUAUGUCUUGUUGAUGAGAAUCAGUUUACACUGACGAUUGCCAACCAGGGAACACCGCUCACCUUCAUGCAUCAGGAGUGUGAAGCUAUUGUGAGGUCCAUUAUUCACAUACGGACACGGUGGGAGCUGUCACAACCAGACUCCAUCCCACAGCACACUAAAAUUCGCCCUAAGGAUGUUCCUGGAACGCUGCUGAACAUAGCAUUGCUCAACUUGGGAAGCUCAGACCCCAGUUUGCGGUCUGCUGCCUAUAAUCUUCUGUGUGCCUUAACCUGUACCUUUAAUUUAAAGAUUGAGGGCCAGUUACUGGAAACUUCAGGUCUAUGUAUUCCUGCCAACAACACGCUCUUUAUUGUGUCAAUUAGUAAGACUCUUGCAGCUAAUGAGCCACACCUUACCUUAGAGUUCUUGGAAGAGUGUAUUUCGGGAUUUAGCAAAUCGAGUAUUGAACUGAAACAUCUCUGUCUGGAGUACAUGACUCCCUGGCUGUCCAAUCUGGUUCGGUUCUGCAAACACAACGACGACGCGAAGCGCCAGCGCGUCACUGCUAUUCUUGAUAAGCUUAUAACAAUGACAAUAAAUGAAAAACAGAUGUACCCUUCUAUUCAGGCUAAAAUAUGGGGAAGUCUUGGACAGAUUACAGAUCUUCUUGACGUAGUGCUGGACAGUUUCAUCAAAACUAGUGCCACAGGGGGCUUAGGAUCCAUUAAAGCUGAGGUUAUGGCAGACACAGCCGUAGCGCUUGCUUCUGGAAAUGUAAAAUUGGUUUCAAGCAAAGUGAUUGGAAGGAUGUGCAAAAUAAUUGACAAGACUUGUCUGUCUCCAACUCCUACGCUGGAACAGCACCUGAUGUGGGAUGAUAUUGCCAUUCUAGCACGCUACAUGCUGAUGCUGUCCUUCAACAAUUCUCUGGAUGUGGCUGCACAUCUCCCCUACCUCUUUCAUGUGGUUACUUUGUUGGUGGCCACAGGACCCCUUUCUCUCAGAGCUUCCACUCAUGGUCUUGUCAUCAACAUCAUUCAUUCUCUGUGCACUUGCUCACAGCUUCAUUUUAGUGAGGAGACCAAGCAAGUUUUAAGACUGAGCUUGACUGAAUUUUCUCUGCCUAAAUUUUAUUUGCUGUUUGGAAUCAGCAAAGUGAAAUCAGCUGCAGUCAUAGCAUUCCGCUCCAGCUAUCGAGACAGGUCAUUUUCACCUGGCUCCUACGAGAGGGAGACUUUUGCACUGACCUCCUUGGAAACGGUUACUGAAGCUUUGCUGGAGAUCAUGGAGGCUUGUAUGAGAGAUAUUCCAACAUGCAAGUGGCUGGACCAGUGGACUGAACUAGCUCAAAAGUUUGCAUUCCAGUAUAAUCCAUCCCUGCAGCCAAGAGCACUUGUUGUCUUUGGCUGUAUAAGUAAGCGUGUCUCUCAUGGACAAAUAAAACAAAUAAUCCGAAUUCUUAGCAAGGGACUUGAGAGCUGUUUAAAAGGCCCUGAUAAUUACAAUAGCCAAGUUCUAAUAGAAGCAACAGUUAUAGCACUCACCAAACUGCAGCCUCUUCUUAACAAGGACUCUCCUAUGCACAAGGCCCUCUUCUGGGUAGCCAUGGCAGUACUGCAGUUGGAUGAAGUCAACCUGUACUCAGCAGGUACAGCACUGCUUGAACAGAAUCUGCAUACCUUGGAUAGCCUUCGAGUGUUCAAUGAUAAGAGCCCAGAGGAGGUGUUCAUGGAGAUCAGGAGACCACUUGAAUGGCACUGCAAACAGAUGGAUCAUUUUGUUGGGCUAAAUUUCAACUCCAAUUUCAACUUUGCACUAGUGGGGCACCUCUUGAAAGGGUACAGGCAUCCUUCACCUACCACUGUGGCAAGAACAGUCAGGAUUCUACAUACACUACUAGCUCUGGUUAACAAACACAGGAACUGUGACAAGUUUGAGGUGAACACCCAGAGCGUGGCUUACCUAGCAGCUUUGCUGACAGUGUCUGAGGAAGUUCGAAGUCGCUGCAGCCUAAAACAUAGGAAGUCUCUCUUGUUGACAGACGUCGCAAUGGAAAACGUUCCUAUGGAUACAUACCCCAUACAUCACAGUGACACUAGCUAUAGGACACUAAAGGAAAAUCAACCGUGGUCGUCACCAAAGGGCUCAGACAGACAUCUGGCUGCCAGUUACCCAACAGUGGGACAGAUAAGCCCUCGAACGCGAAAGUCCAUGAGUUUGGAUAUGGGGCAGCCUUCGCAAGCGAACACUAAAAAGCUUCUAGGUACAAGGAAAAGUUUUGACCAUUUGAUAUCGGACACAAAGGCUCCUAAAAGGCAAGACAUGGAAUCUGGAAUCACAACGCCUCCCAAAAUGAGGAGAGUAGCCGAAAAUGAUUAUGAAAUGGAAACCCAGAGAAUAUCACCUCAGCAGCACCCCCAUCUCCGAAAAGUUUCUGUUUCUGAGUCAAAUGUUCUCCUGGAUGAAGAAGUUCUGACUGAUCCAAAAAUUCAAGCACUGCUGCUUACAGUUCUUGCAACGUUAGUGAAGUACACUACUGAUGAAUUUGACCAGCGGAUUCUGUAUGAGUAUUUAGCAGAAGCCAGUGUUGUCUUCCCAAAGGUCUUUCCUGUUGUGCAUAAUUUAUUGGAUUCCAAGAUCAACACCCUUUUGUCGCUGUGUCAAGAUCCAAAUUUGUUGAAUCCAAUUCAUGGCAUUGUUCAGAGUGUUGUCUACCAUGAGGAGUCUCCACCCCAAUACCAAACUUCUUAUCUACAAAGUUUUGGAUUUAAUGGGUUGUGGAGGUUUGCUGGCCCAUUUUCCAAGCAAACACAAAUUCCAGACUACGCUGAGCUCAUAGUGAAGUUUCUCGAUGCCUUGAUUGACACGUAUUUGCCUGGGAUUGAUGAGGAAACCAGUGAAGAAUCUCUCCUGACACCCACAUCUCCGUAUCCUCCCGCAGUGCAGAGCCAGCUUAGCAUUACUGCUAACCUUAACCUUUCCAAUUCCAUGACCUCGCUCGCAACUUCCCAGCACUCCCCAGGGAUCGACAAGGAGAACGUGGAGCUCUCGCCCACCGCUGGCCACACCAACAGCGGGAGGAUGCGCCACGGCUCUGCCAGCCAGGUGCAAAAGCAGCGAAGUGCUGGCAGCUUGAAACGUCACAGCAUUAAGAAGAUUGUGUGAAACUUGGGGUUGUUUUUUUUGUUUGAUCGUUUUUUUGGGUUUUUUUUUGGAAACUGACUGACGUACGUGGGCCUCUUGCAAAGGGCCCCCCACCAGUUGUGAUGCUGCACUUAAUUUUUCAAGUUCCCAUCCUGUCAGCCAUGUUGCCAGAUGAUCAACUCCUGAAACAUUGCCUCAAUUUUAAUGCCUUCUUACUUUUUUUCUGCUUUUUUUUUUUAUUUAAGCCAGUGUUUCAGAACCACUUGUAGACCCUGAAGGACUUCGUAAGCAAAGGAGAUGUGAGUUCUUCAACACUGCAGAACAUACCUUGUCCAAAUAUGAAAGCCAUUUCCCAUAGACGGUUCUACCUUGCUUCUGUGAUUCGCCUUGUUUGUUUCUUCUAUAAAGGAAAGUGUUAAUACUUAAUCCUGUUUGCACACUUCUCAAGGUAGUGGCUUUAUGAGCCAGGGGAAGUUACUAUCAUCCUGGUUUUGAUUCAAACCUGUAGGAUUUUUAGCUGUGGACUUUUUUUUACCGUGCUUAAAAGGAAGUUAACAAUAGCUGCAGUACAAUGAGCUUAGCCAGAAUUGGUUGAUUAGAUUAAAUUCCUAGUAAUCAGCAAUAAAUUGAGAGGACAAGGAGGCUUCAUGAGUCUCUUCAUUCCCCAGACCAUAGCUUCAAACACUUGGACUGUAUAUGGACCAGACUGGAUAAACUGUCUUUUUUCCAAAGGAGUUUUUUUUUUUUUUGCUGUACUUUAACUA